AUUGGCCAGUAUGUUACUACAGCACCGGAAGUCGAUGGCACAACCAGGGCGGGUGUCCUGUCCGACGAGUAGUCGCGGCUGAAGUGAAAUUGUUCUGCAAGGAAACCGGCCUUCGAGAGUGUGUUUGCAGGCAUGGAUCCGCGUGUACUGUUGAUGUGUGUGGGAGUGUGUGUGGUGCUGGCCAGUGGGAAGCCUAUGGAGAAGAAGGACCGCGUGCAUCCAGACGUCCUGAGCAACCUGGAGCACGACGACGCCGAGAGCUUUGACUACGACCAUGAAGCGUUCCUCGGACAGGAAGAAGCCAAGACCUUUGACCAGCUAACACCGGAAGAGAGCAAAGAGAGACUGGGUAUGAUGGUGGAGCGUAUGGACGAGGACGGCGACGGCUUCGUGUCCGUGGAAGAGAUGAGGACCUGGAUCAAACACGCUCAGAAGCGCUGGAUCUACCAGGACGUGGACCGACAGUGGCAAGGUCACGACCUCAACGGAGACAAUCAUGUCACCUGGGACGAGUACAAGAAUGCCACCUAUGGAUACAUCCUGGACGAGCAGGACCCUGAGGAUGGCUUCAGCUACAGACAGAUGAUGACCCGAGACGAGCGGCGCUUCAAGAUGGCGGAUAAAGACGGAGACCUGAAGGCUGAUAAGGAGGAGUUCACCGCCUUCCUUCACCCAGAGGAGUACGACUACAUGAAGGACAUCGUUGUCAUCGAGACUAUGGAAGACAUUGACAAGAAUGGAGAUGGAUUUAUUGAUUUGAAUGAAUAUAUAGGCGACAUGUAUAACCGGGACGGUGAUGGCACUGAGCCGGAGUGGGUUCGUACGGAGCGCCAGCAGUUCACCGAGUUCAGAGACAAAAACAAAGAUGGCCGCAUGGACCGCGAGGAGACUCGCGACUGGAUCCUCCCGUCCGACUACGACCACGCUGAAGCUGAGGCCAAACACCUGGUCUACGAGUCUGAUUCUGACCAGGACGGGCGGCUGACGAAGGAGGAGAUCGUUCAGAAGUAUGACCUGUUUGUGGGCAGCCAGGCCACUGACUUUGGAGAGGCCUUGGUCCGACACGACGAGUUCUAAGCCAACACACACACCUGUCCAAAAACACUGUGUAGGAGAUGUGUGUGUGUCUCUAUUUGUGUGUUUGAGGGCGUACCUCUGGAUUUUUUUAAUAUAUAUUAAGUUUGACUGUAUGACUUUGUGCUGUUGAGUGAAUUGACUCACAUUGUGGUUGUGUGUGUGUGUGUGUUUUUGCGUGUUUGCAUGCCUGUGGAUGUGUGUAAAUCUGCAGGGAGGACAUCUUGUGUGUGUGUGUGUGUGUGUGUGUGUGUGUGUGUGUGUGUGUGUGUGUGUGUGUGUGUGUGUAAAUCUGUGUUAUUUCUAAGGCCGCACCCCAGUGUAUCCCCCCCCCCCCCUCCCCACAGCAGUCAUAACCAACACACAGCAGCUGCACAGAGCGGUCAUUAACACGACAUAGCAGUGCGUAAGGCCUCUAUUAACAUGACAUAGCAGUGCGUAAGGCCUCUAUUAACAUGACAUAGCAGUGCGUAAGGCCUCUAUUAACACAGCAGCUGCACACAGUGGUCAUUAACACGACACAGCAGUGCGUAAGGCCUCUAUUAACAUGACAUAGCAGUGCGUAAGGCCUCUAUUAACAUGACAUAGCAGUGCGUAAGGCCUCUAUUAACACAGCAGCUGCACAGAGCGGUCAUUAACAUUAACGGCACACAACAGCUCUGUAGGGCUUCUGUUAACGCCACUGGAGAGCUGUGCAGAUCCCGUAGCACAGGCUAAUCCCGUAGCACAGGCUAAUCCCGUAGCACAGGCUAAUCCCGUAGCACAGGCUAACGGAGACCCUAGACUGGGCUUGCCCCUCUAAACUGGGCUUGCCACGCUAAACUGGGCUUGCCUCUCUAAACUGGGCUUGCCACGCUAAACUGGGCUUGCCACGCUAAACUGGGCUUGCCACGUUAAACUGGGUUAAGUGCAAGUGUAAAGCCCCUCCUGCAGAAAGGCUCUCUGGUCUUCACUGGCUAUGAAUGCUGUAAGCACUGUUCCCCCCCUCAUCCUGCCAACAGAUUGUUGUUUGGAAUGGUUGUCAUGGCAACACUGUCCGUUCCCUGUCGCUAUGGACACUGAUUUUCUAGCAGGGCAUCAUGUCUUCAUCCGUGCCUUUACUUGCAUUUGUAUUUGCUGUUUUUUUUUUUUUUUUUUUUUUUUUUUUAACUUUUAAAAUGUUUGUU